CUGGGAUCUUCGCCUCUGUCAGGCUCCUGGGCAUCAUGCCUUGUUUUAAGCAGCCUAAGCACUUCCAGAGUCUCAUACUUCUGCAUUGGCCCUUGAGCUACCUUGCCAUAUUUUGGAUUGUGCAGCCAUUGUUCAUUUAUCUGCUGUUUACAUCCUUGUGGCCACUACCAGCCCUUUACUUUGUCUGGUUUUUCCUGGACUGGAAGACCCCAGAAAAAGGUGGCAGGCGAUCCACCUGGGUAAGGAACUGGUAUGUCUGGACACACAUCAGGGACUAUUUCCCCAUCACGAUCCUGAAGACUAAAGACCUGUCACCUGAGCACAACUACCUCAUGGGGGUUCAUCCCCAUGGUCUCUUGACCUUUGGCGCCUUCUGCAACUUCUGCACUGAGGCCACAGGCUUCUCGAAGAUCUUCCCAGGCAUUACUCCCCACUUGGCCACGCUGUCCUGGUUCUUCAAGAUCCCCUUGAUUAGGGACUACCUCAUGGCCAAAGGUGUGUGCUCCGUGAGUCAGCCAGCCAUCGACUACCUGCUGAGCCACGGCACUGGCAACCUCGUGGGCAUUGUAGUGGGAGGUGUGGGUGAAGCUCUGCAAAGUGUGCCCAACACCACUACCCUCAUCCUCCGGAAGCGCAAGGGGUUUGUGCGCACUGCCCUCCAGCAUGGCGCUCAUCUGGUCCCUACCUUCACUUUUGGAGAAACUGAGGUAUAUGAACAGGUACUGUACCAGAAGGACAGCUGGAUGUUUAAGUUUCAGAGCCACUUUCGCCGUCUCUUUGGUUUCUAUUGUUGUGUCUUCUAUGGACGAGGCUUCCGCAGAGGCUCUGCUGGGCUCCUGCCAUACCCGCUGCCUAUCACCACUGUGGUUGGGGAGCCUUUGCCAGUACCCAAGAUUGAGAAGCCAAGCCAGGAGGUGGUGGACAAAUACCACGCGCUCUAUAUGGAAGCCCUGCACAAACUAUUUGACGAGCACAAGGCCCUGUUAGGCUGCUCAAAGACUCAAAAGCUGCUUUUCUUGUGA